AUGGAUUUGUCUUUCUCUCAUGAUUUAAUUUCUUCAACAUUAAAGUCAUUAGAAGAUGUUAAUAAAGAAGUCUAUAUAAAAACUCAAGACGUUGAUAAUGUACAGGAAUAUAUUAAGUUUAUCAGAGAAUUGUUAAUUGAUCCCUUUUCUGGUAUCUGUUCGAUAAGACUUAUUUCACCUGGCCUUCUCAAUGCAACUGCUAAUGGUACAACAGUGUUGAAAGAUUUUUAUACCAGGCAUCCAGCCUUUCUUGUACAGUGUAGAGAUAUUAAGUUCGAAGGUCACAGUUCAGGAACACACAAUGUUUAUGAAUUGGAACGUAUAUCUACAUUGAUCAAUGAGAAUUUGAAUUGGAAUGUAUUUGUUGAUUUGGACAAGUUCGAUGUGUUUACUAACAGUAACAUAUUUACUAUUUUCAUAAUGGCAUUGAUAUGCAUGAGCACAUGGAUGCUUUUAUUCCUGUUAGUUUUAUUACCUUCAAAAAGUCAUUUUACAAAGAGAAAAUUAAUCCAUUUUUACGUAUUACUAUCAGGUGCUCAUGAAACUGGAUUAUUGAUUUAUUCUUUGAAACAUAUCUUUCACAAACAACACAAAAAUAAUUAUCAGGACUCAUUAGAAUUUUAUAAGCUUUUGGUUAACACAGAUGCGUUUAAAGUUUUUGAAUUAUUGACUAAUUUUGCAUUUUUGUUUAAUUGCAUUGAAAUUGUAUAUUAUAUUUAUCGAGAUUCGAAACCUAUUCCUGAUAAGUAUCAUUAUAUCCCAGAGUAUUUUAGAAAGAAUCGUAAUUACACGAUUGUCUUUUUGGGAUUGUUAGUACUGAUAUUGGAUCAAAUUUUCUUUGCAUUAAUAUUAUGGUUUAAUUUUAAUUCGGUAGUUCAUAUCUUCUAUCUGAUAACUGAAGCAGCACUUUAUUUCAGUUUUGGCUUUAUCUUAUGCCGUUAUGUGUACAAGAAUUUUGGAUAUAUGUUCCACCCUAAACAUAUUAUUGAUAAUGCACCUUUACGUUUGCAAGAUAAACUGUACCUAAUAUGGAGAGAUUAUUAUCAAACAAUACUUAUACUAGUGCAUAAUAUUCUUUUCUACAUUUUGUUAUUUUUCAUUCUCUGUUAUUUGAUUUCAAGUCAUCUCAACAAUUACUUGUGGAAAUAUGGUCUUUUGAGGUUAUUCAAGCUGAUUAUUUCAGUUAAUGCUUGGGGUCUGAUAAAUACGAUGGAGAGACAGGAAGAUAUGAUAAAUGCAGAAACCAUGUUAGGAAAAAGAAUUGAUAAUGAAGAUAAGCUUUUUAAUAAUCCUUCGCUUCAAUACCCAAUUGCCAAGAGAAGUGAUGUAGAUUUUACUGACGAUUUAAACAGUACCAACAGUUAUUUUGAGUUAGAUAGCACAGGAAAUACGACGGCACCACUUCGAAGUGGAAACAAUUUUAAGAUAGCAAAGACGGAAAUGAACGAUAAUUCGGUAGUUCAGAGUAACUUGAAUAACCCAAUUAAAAUGAUAAUGAAACAUCCAGGACUACCUAUAUUUUCUAAUAUAAACAACAAGAAAACUAAUGAAAGAAAAUUUGACAGAACUUCUAAAGAUUCAAGAAUUCGUGCAUCGAAUAGACACAGAAUAAUUAGUAUGCUCUUAAAUACAAAGAAUGAAGAAAUAUCUGAUAUUAAUGGUGUGUCCGAAAAUUUAGAGAUGGAAGCAACUUCUACGAAAAAUCGUAGAAAAACAGUGUUUUCUAAUAAAGUGAAAAACCUGUUCAAGGCACAUAAAGAUGAAAGUUAUACAAUGUUACCGGCUGAUGGCAAUAUCCAGAAUGACAAUGGUGCUGCAAACUCUACAUUACAUCUGAAGAAUGAAAAUUCAAAAGCUGACGUUAAUGAGGCAUCCAGUAUUGAAACAGAAUUAACAAGAAACUUUAUAUUUGAUCACGACGAGUAA